CCCCACCCACUCCCUGUCCUCACUCCCACCUUGAACCAGCUGCGUGUGACGUCUUGACGCGUGCGUGGCCGUGGCGUAGGAGGCGGGCCCGCGACGCGGCGCCGGAGGAGGAAGUGGUGGGGUUGUUGCUCCUUCUGCGCCCGCUGCUGGCUCUGGGGGCCCGGAGUGGGGCCACAGUCGCCGCCGCUGCGUUCGCGCUCUCCAGCUGUUCCCCUCCAUGUGCCCGGGCUCCGUCGCUCCCCUUCCUCAGGCCGCCGCUUACCCCGGGGUCUAUGGAAGUAAUGGAAGGACCCCUCAACCUGGCCCAUCAACAGAGCAGACGAGCAGAUCGUUUGUUAGCUGCAGGGAAAUACGAAGAGGCUAUUUCUUGUCACAAAAAGGCUGCAGCAUAUCUUUCUGAAGCCAUGAAGCUAACACAGUCUGAGCAGGCUCACUUAUCACUGGAACUGCAAAGGGAUAGCCACAUGAAACAGCUCCUCCUCAUCCAGGAGAGAUGGAAGAGGGCAAAGCGGGAGGAGAGACUGCAAGCCCAGCAGAGCGCAGACAAGGACGCAGCCGCCCAGCUCCAGGCAUCUCACAGACCCUCCGCUGAGGAUGCAGCCAGCCAGAGGCCCCUGCUCUCUCAGAAGUACAGCCCUUCCACAGAGAAACACUUGCCUGAAAUUCAAGGGGUCUUUGACAGGGAUCCAGACACACUACUGUUUUUACUUCAGCAGAAGAGGGAGCCAACAGAGCCAUGCAUUGGAAGCAAAGCCCCAAAAGAUGAUAAAACAAUUAUAGAGGAGCAGGCCACCAAAAUUGCAGAUUUGAAGAGGCAUGUGGAAUUCCUUGUGGCUGAGAAUGAAAGAUUACGGAGAGAGAAUAAACAGCUAAAGGCAGAAAAGGCGAGACUUCUAAAAGGCCCAAUAGAAAAGGAGCUUGAUGUAGAUGCUGAUUUUGUAGAAAAGUCAGAGUUAUGGAGCUUGCCACCACAUUCAGAAACUGCAACAGCCUCUUCAACCUGGCAGAAGUUUGCUUCAAACACUGGGAAAGCCAAGGAUAUUCCAAUACCCAAUCUUCCUCCCUUGGAUUUCCCAUCUCCAGAACUUCCCCUCAUGGAGCUCUCGGAGGAUUUUCUGAAAGGAUUUAUGAAUAAUUAAAAUGGAAGGCCAUAGAAGAGGUAAAGAGAGGAAAUAAUAUGGUAAUACAGAUAAUCCAGCAAAAAUGAAAAAGGGAAAGCCGCGUGCAAGGGUAGUCCCGGAGAUGCUGCGCCAGGCACACUGCAGAGAAGAGGCGUUGACAGGACUUGGCACAGCCACUGCGGAGCGUGUCGCGCGUCUGAUGUACUGACUCGUUAAUGAUUCCAGACUUGGCAGAUACGAAACUGUUGGAGGUUCACUCUCUCCUGAUACAAACCAAAUGGCUACCUGGAAUAAUUUUUUUCAAGCAACAAUUAUUUUUAUCUUCAGGGUUAAAAUUUAUAAAACUAUGUUAUGUGUAAUUAAUCUGUAAUGCCAUAAAUGAUAAUGCAAAACCUAAAUAAUAUGGUUGCCUGAGGGGCUGCCUUGUAUUUGAAACAUGCUUUCUAUCAUGCAUUGACUGUAUGCAUCUUGUUAUGCACAUUUCCUUUGUCUAAUGAGGUGUGUAAGACACACCUUUCUAGAAGAAACUGUGUGCCACACUUUGCACUACUCGUAACAUAAUGAUAACCUCAAGACUAUCAGGAGAAAUAUUUAAAUUUCCAUUUAUGAAGAAAGGAACCAAAUUAUUAGUUAUGCUUUUUUUUUUUUAAUUACCAGUUUACAUUAUUAAUCAGGGUGCAUUUUAAGUUCUAACUUUUUUUGUUUAUUGUGUAAUGCAUCAUUUGAAAAUAUCGAGGAAAUAUCCUUUUGUUUUUAAUGAUGCAUGAGUGGAAGUAAUGCUAGUCGGCAGUAUUUGAUUGUAAUAAAUCAAUAAAGUAAUUGUAUUUUA